AUGCUCAAUGACGCAUGCUUCGUUCCAAGAACCUCUGCGGUGGGGCGCUCCCACCUGCAUCCUACUGAGUUUUCGCAAAGUUACGACGGGCCGGUCACAAGCACCCUUUGCCCUGAUUGUUCCGCCACUCCUGACUGGAAUUGGCUACAUGGCCAGCGAAUCGGUGAAGCUGCAAACCCGGGCCCUGCCCACCAACUGUCUCUGCUGGAAUCCUUCCGGCAAACGUCCGCGCCUCCACACUCUGAUGAGGCCCCACAGCCACGCGCAGAUGCGGCCAUCCCAUCCGACGCUGCCUCUAGUAUAUCCGGUGCACAACUGACUGAUGGUUCCUCUCAAUCCAGAAACCUCCCAGUGCAUACUGACUUUCGCUUGGCGGUGGUCAACCCCACUGCUGUCUUGGGCAAGGAAGCAGACAUAUUAGACCUCCAGCAAGACAUGGUGCUUUUGUCUGAAACUUCUGCUGUUGAGCGUGCCCAGCGGUUGGCUGCCUCAGCCUUUGGUAAAGCACAGUGCUAUAGCCAAUGGAGCCCGCCUGUUCCUCCCCAUGCGACUGGGCAAGACUCCCUCCGCGGACACGCUGAAGGCACCGCGGUUAUCAGCAAAUAUCCUUUGCGAGGCUCUUUUGCCGGCCGCCCUGAAAUCUGGCAAGGCUCCUGCCGCUUGGUGGAGGCAAUAGCCCGGGUAGGAUGGUUUUCCUUUCGGGUCAUUGCAGUCUAUGGGUUCCCUGCAAACCGAGCGGAGGCUGCCCUUCGCAAUGAUGAAUUGUUCCGCUGGGCCUUGCAAGUCGCUACACGGGACCAUCUGCCGGCCAUUAUAGGGGGCGACUUCAAUUGCUGCAUUCAGUCUCUGCCUGUGUGGGAUGAGUACCGGGCCUUGGGCUUCCGGGAGACCUUUGAAUUCUGGGAGGCCCGCACUGGCACUGUACUUCCCCCUACCUGUCGUGCCGCCACUCGCCAUGAUACGGUGGUGCUACCGCCGAUCUUUCAGCAAAUGCUAUGCAAAGCCGCGGUCUCCACUCAUCUUCACUUGUUUGACUCCCACGCACCGCUGAUGUUGGAGUUUUGCAUACCUGCCAGCCCCAUCCUACAGUACCGUUGGCGAAUGCCCCGCAGUUGGGCCACCUUGGAGGUUGAUCCUCAAGCCUUUGAUGCUGAAUACGCAUGCAGGCGAGGUGAAUGUCAGGCAGCCAUACAACAAUGUCAGGACAGGGAUGAUGUCGAUCAAGCUUUUGUGACCUGGGCCUCGCAGGUAGAAGCAGCUGUUGAUGCUUGCCUACGUGCCAACCCGUCCCAGAGCACAGAUCAACAGCACGGCCCGGGCUUGCCGAAGGCCUGCCGAGGUCGCUUCCAAUUCCGGCCCCGCUUAAAGUUUCCCCUGCCUUGUCCUGCCAGGCAAGCCCGACAUGGUGACUAUAACCCGCCAAACGAGGUUAUGUCAGUGAUCGGCUGCGCUAAAAUCAAGCAGGCCCGUCGCCUCCGCACCUUUGCUGCUGGCCUUGCCAAGGCAAGGAAAAACGCUGACUGGUCCCCCGGAGUUUGCCGCCAACUUGGGGACGAAUGGGCCGCCAUAAAAAGAGCGCCAGGCUACAGCCCGACCUUUGCCCACUGGCUUCUGUGCAUUGCUCAUUUUCAUGUCUUCUGGGAAGCAUGGCCCCCCGCUGAAUGGUUAGAGGAUGUCGUGGCUUACGUUGCCUAUGAUGCCGACAUACUGGCAAAGGCCGAGGCGAAGCGGGCUGCCCAGCUUCGUACCUACAAGGCCCACCAGGAUGCCUCUUGCAAUCAUGCUAAAGGCCACUAUGCUGCCCUCCGAAAACCGAUGCGGCCCCCUAUCACCGCCAUACCAAAGCUUGAAUGCCAACAAGCUGUGAAGGUCCAGGACCUGGCUACUGACGUUGCGUCCUAUCGCCUGCCGUUCCCUUCUGCAUUUGUUGCCGCUCUGCCAACCACGGCGGACGGAGCUGCCGUCCAAAUCCAGGGCCUUCUCCAAGGGCCGGAUGAGUCAGAGGUCUUGCAGAUCCAUUUCCCCGGGCGCCCCCCGCCUGCUCACUGCUGCCUGCAACAACAAACCGAGGCCAGUACUGGCCCGGAACUGCAUCGCGCCUUCUUUGAGUAUUGGGCGCCCAUUUGGCUCAGGGACAAGGCCGCAGACUGUCAGCAUGAUCUGUCAUGGGGAGCUUUCCUCCAACAUUUGCCACCGGUACCACCGGAAGCUGCCUCGCUAGGCGUGUUUGACUCCUUUGCCCCCACGGCCUGGUUGGAUCGCGCCAAGCACCUCAAGUCCGGCAAAGCGACCGGGUACGAUGGCAUCUCUAAUGCAGAGCUCAAAGCCCUGCCUUUUCAGGCCCUUUCGGAUCUUUCAGAGGUUUUUCGGCAGUGCAGCCGCUUUGGGUGGCCCACGCACAUUGCAUCUGCUACGGUCAGCAGCUUGGCCAAGAAUGACUGCCCGCAAGGCCUGCACCAUUCCAGACCUAUCACCAUACUGGCCACCUCGUACAGGCUCUGGGCCAGUGUGGCGGCCAAAGGUAUACUACGGGCCUGGAAUCAAUGGUUCCCUAAAGAAAUCCUUGGCUGCCUACCGGGUCGAAGUUCCAGGGACCUGUCUCUCAGCUUGGAAUGCCUCAUUGAGCAAGCCCGACUUGCCAAGGAGCCCCUGCUGGGCUUCAGCAUUGAUUUGGUCAAGGCUUUUAACAACCUGCCGAGGCGUCCUCUGCAGGAACUGCUCCUACACCUGCAGGUGCCCCCAGUCAUUGUCAAGACUUGGUUUUCCUUCCUAGAUCGUGUGGCUCGCUUUCCCAUCUUUCACGACAGCCUCGGGGUGGGACUGCCCAGUUCAACUGGUGUCCCUGAAGGAGAUCCACUCAGCGUUGUUGCAAUGCUGGCGGUCUGUUACGCGGCACAUCACUGGCCGCGAAACCCCAACAGUGUUCUCCGGUCCUAUGUCGAUAAUUUCACGUGGACGUGCACGGAGCCAGCUGCACUCCCCGAUGCGGUGGCGAGUGCACGGGAGUUCUGUUCGGCCCUCCGUUUACCGAUUGAUUGGACAAAGAGCUAUUGUUGGGCCACCCUCUCCAGUCAUCGCCGGUGGUUAAGCCAGAUCGCUCCCAGUUUAGUCCCCGAUGGCAGCCAGCUCCGAGUGGUUGAUGGGGCCAAGGAUUUAGGGGUCAGUUUCAGGUUUGGCCCUCGGGCAACCAAGGCACAUGUGACCAGCCGACUGCAGCACGGCCAUGACCGCCUCCAGAAACUCGGAGCUAUGUCACGCCCUCUCGAGCUUAAGGCCCGACUGAUGCUCGGUUCUGUUUGGCCUGCUACUUUCUAUGGCACUGAAGGCCACAAACUUUCGGUGGCCCAGAUUAGCUCCCUCCGAACAGCUGCUGCAAGAGCUCUUGUUGGUAAGCACAGCUCCACUUCCCCCAUUCUUGCUCUGACUUGUCUGUGUGCAAGGGUCCUGGACCCGGGGGUCUAUGCGUUGGCCCAAUCUUUGUGCGCCUUAGCGCGACUCCUUCGAGUGUGCCCAGAACAGGGUAAUUGGUGGCUCCAAACUGCCUCCCAGACUGAUGGCACGGUGCGUCGCACACUUGGCCCGGCAACUACAUUGGCGUGGCGCCUCGCGGAACACGGCUGGGUACUCAAGCCUGACGGUCUUCUCAAAGGGCCCGAUCACUGGAGGUGCCAUCUCCGAACGUCCUCGUCCUCUGCCAUAAAGGACCUUCUCGCAUGGGUGCAGCAGCACGUGCCUCACUGGCUGCACUGCCCAUUCGCAGUUGAACAUGAGCAGGAAUGCUUCAGCAGACUGUUUUGGGAGUCUCGCAAACUUUUGCCGCCGCCCAGCAUAUCUGAUCUUGUCGUGGCUCAUAAGCUCGAUAGGUUGUGCCUCUACACCGAUGGUUCCUGCAACCAUAACUCCUGUCCGGCAGCUCGCCAUGCUGCAUGGGCAGUUGUACUUGACUUGAGACCAUUGGAACAGUUGCCGCCAGGCCUGGAGGAACAACGUCUAGCAGAGCUGGUUGCUGAGCGCUUUGUAAUAGUUGCCCAAGGUGUUGUGCCGGGCCGCCAGACCAAUAACAGAGCUGAGUUCUGCGCCUUGCUACAGGCUGGCAGGAUUGCCUCCAGCAUCCCUGCGCUGCCCAGCCUUGUCGGGUCCGACAGCCAGUUUGGCCUACGGGCCCAAAGCCGCCUUCAAGCAUGCCCCGAACUGCCGAGAGAGAGCAAUGUGGCUGACCUCGGCGAUGGCGACGUUGCUAAUUGGUUCCCAGCUUCCCUUAGGGGUCACAAGGUCCAGGCCCAUCGUUGCCUCCGAGAUGUUCCAACAGAUGAGCUUGUGUGUGCAGCUGGCAACUUCGCAGCUGACCUUGCUGCGAAACAGGCGCUCCAAAACGACCUGCCCCUGGCUGGGAGUAUUUGCUCGGAAAUAGCCGCUUGGCGACGUGAACAAGGUCACGUCGUGGUGCCGGCCCGUCGGGCUUUGCGGCAGCAAACUGUUGGUGCUGCUGCCGGCCCUGGCCUCACCAACUGCGGGGAAUUUUCUCAAUGGCUGGCCUUUUCACCUGAGGAGACUCAGCCGCUGACGCCCCGGGCGUUCCCGGCUGAGGGUUUCCCGACAGGUGGAUGGCCACUAUGGUUUCUUGAGAAGAUCUGGCAAUGGGUGUUUCAGCUACAAUGGGGUCGUCAAGACCAUCUCGACAAGAGGGACCGAGGGAUUACCUACCUGGAGCUGCUCGCGAAUUUCGUGGUCUGCACGGCCGCCUGCCCACCAGUUCCAGGCGACGGGGCCAAAGUGAUGUUGGACCAGCUUGCAACCGAGGGUAUACUGCAACCGCUGUAUGUCCGAAAUGCCAUCGCCUUCAUGGUCCAGGCUGUCA